UCUCGCUUCUCCAAUAUUUAUCUUUAUUUGCCUGGAAAAUUUGUGGCUUUCCCAGACGGAUCAAUUUUUCUGUGGUAAAAUUCACAGCCUUACUCCCUGUCGGAUGUAGAUCCAACAAGUAAACACGGUGGUGAAACAAGUGGGCGAAAGUGUUAACAUUACGAUGUUUAGCAAACCGCCAAAUGAUGUGCGGAUUUCUGCGGGUGACCUGAUCAGCACGGAGUGCCUCGCCUGAGUAGUGCACCUUUUCCCCCCACACACACCAAAUUCGCUGCUGCUGUGCAGCGUGUGUGAUUGUGUGUGUGGCUGUCGGUAUGUGUGUUGGGUGUUGGGCGGUAAAAGUUGCAAUGGAUCGGUGUGGCCAUUCAUUCGCUGGCGAUUGGAAGGAGCAGCUAUCGUGUCUCGGUAUUCAACGGUGGGUAACGUUUGGAAGGUAGCCAGCCCUGUGCCAGCCAGUUCCGCUAGUCACAAAGUGUGUCGAGUGGCGAGCGCAUCGGCUCGAGUGUAGGUGUAAUUGGAGCGAUUUUGUGGCAAUUUUCCUUACUGCUUCUACAGUUCCGUACGGCAACGUGUGCGCGAGAGAAGCAUUGUAAUCGAGAAUAAUGAGCCUCAAAUCUGCUGCUCUUAAGGAAACACUUGCAGCCGUUUCCAGACUGUGAUUCGUUUUUAGUUUCAAGUGUGUGUGUGUGUGUGUCUGUGUGGGUGUAUCGAUACGAAAACAAAUUUUCCAGUCUAACAAGGAAACGCGACAGCAGUGCCAUUCGGCCGCAAAUAGUGCAUAACAAGAAAAAAAAGUUGUCUAUCAUCACCAAAUUGUGCAACCAGAACGAUUUGUGCUCCGUCUGCUCGCGAGCACAAUAAACAACAACAAAGCGCUGUCAAACGCGCGCACCCCGUGACAGAACCCAAUCCCGUUGCGAGCGAGAGGGAAAGGGCGAAGAUUGCAAAACCACCACUGGCGGCAGUGUGAGCAGCACACCAGAACAGAAGUGUCAAAAGUGCAGUACUAGAAUGUAUGAAUGAAGGAACCCGAUCGCGGUCAGGCUGGUGCAAUCGAACGGGAUAAUUUGUAAAAGGAAAAAAGAAAAAAGAAAACACCCAAGAAAGAGUCCGCGAAUACCGGAUUGCGCAUACCGCAAAGCAGCAGUGCGAGUGUGUGCGCGAAUAAGACUGCUCCGACGGCACUCUAGCAGGUUCCCCCAGAAGUGCACGUGUGCUAGAUGCGAACAGGGCAAAGCCAGCAGUGCGAACAGAACGGAAAGAGAGCGAGUGCGAGUGAGAGCGCGCGAGUGUGUGAGCGUAAGCAGGCCGCAGCAACACGGCACAGCUGAGCGAAGAAAAUUGUCUGCAUAAUCGGACGGGAACAAAACACUGCCAACAACCACCGUUACGUCCCGAGGGGCGGCCCAAUCAUCCCGAUCGGCAGCAUCUCCCACAGGAUUCUGUAGUGUCCAUCCGCCCGCCAGCCAGCCCAAAGUCCUCUAGCCAUCCUGUUGCCGUGUUAUUGUUACCAUACCAUAGGCCCUACCCACACACGCGCUCCAGGGCUGAUAAGCGCAGCGCCAACCGCACGCAGCCAGCGAAACCGCCAUUUUUAGAGCACCGAACAAUUGUCUCCGUGCCCACCUCGCCAUCGUCCGGUAUCGUGCGAUACACCCCGCGUAUCGCGUCACUAUUCCUUCUCGUCUUCCGAUUGGUCGUCUUCGGCCACGGGCGGGGAACGGUUGGCACGCUGUGUGUAUAGGUGCGCGCUCGCACUUGGAAAGGCCAGCCCAGCACCGGCGCGAGCACCGGGGAAGGAGGGUAUCUGUGCGAGAAGAGAGCGCCAUAUCUGUAACGGCGGCACACUGCUGUCGCAUCAUCUCUGCGCCAGCGGAAAAAGGCAGAAAGGCUAAAGUUAUCGCGACCGCAGGCUCAGUUUCAUCGCAACCGUGCUACGGUGAAGAAGUGUGUUGGCCACGUUUGUCUCCGUUGCCGGGCCUUCGUCGUGAGUGUGUGUGUGUGUGCCUCUCUCUCUCUCUCUCGCUUUAUCUCUCUGUGUGCGUACGAGAGUGGAGUGCUGGUGGGUGCUCUGGUACGGUGUCUCUCACGUCUUGUAUCUCGAACCGUGUCAGGUACGCACGCACGCACGUACGCAGCAUGCAGUGAUCGUGUUCGCUCGUGGUUCGCGUUAAUGCACUUUGCGUUUUAGUGAGUGUGUGUGUGUGUGGUUUUUUUUCGUUUUCAAUUCCGGAUGUAAACCACGCAUUACUACCACCCAAAAAGAGAGAAAGAAAAAAAUACAGUGUGCCCAGUCUAGCGACAGACCGACCAAAGUGUGCGGCCGUACGCGAGGAAGAAAGCCGAGAAAGAGCGAAAGUUACUCGAAGGCGACGAAACCAGCGUGUGCGGCGGUGUCUGGUGUGUGCGAGUUUUCCAUUUCCGGUUCAAAGCUCAACACAACGCCCGGUGCAUGGUCGCGCACGCAUGCUGCUCGCCUGCGUAAGGGGUUUUCGGCUUUUCUGUUUCGUCCGUACACCCGGAGUCCAAAGUCCGAUGCGCCAUGCAGAUGAGUUUCUAAUUUUACACCCCAACCGACGGCUCCGUACAGAAGGAGCGACCUGUUCGCAGCCAGCCAGCAAGCCUGUCAGCCAGCUAGGCUGCCCUUUUUUCGUGUCAGUGUGUUUCGGUUGAGAGUGCAUGAAUUGUGAGCGUGGAUACUGGUUGCCCUAGGAGUGGUGCACAUUGUGAAACAAGUGAGAGAGAUAACGACGAAGGCGAAUAUAUAGCGCGCGCGCAAACGCCCCAUUUCGUCCUUUCCGUUUGCGUGACGUUGAUGUACGCCACCGGACACAGGAUUUGAAUCGAACGACCCGUUGCAUUCCUUGCUCUGCCCGUUUGUGUGCGCGUGUGUGUGUGAAUCCAAACGAUAAAAAACAAGCAGCUCCAAAUGAUGCGGUUGGGACGAUUCUUUCGGGCGCACGGCGAGUUCUGCGCCUCCCAUCCGUGGGAGGUGAUCGUGGGCCUGGUCACGUUUACCGCCUGCAUCCUUUCGCUCGAGAAGGGCAAUGCCGAUGCACCGCAGCAACCACCGGUGGCCGGUGACGAGCCGCUGUGCUACAGCUGGCGCUACGGCGCGAUGACGCGCUGCGAGGAAACGGAACGGAACAUGAUCGACGUCAUUCUGAUGAUGGUGGUGCGCGGUGCGGCCAUCCUGUACGUCUACUACCAUUUGUGCAAUCUGCAGCGGUUGGGAUCGCGGUACCUGCUCGGUAUCGCCGGCCUGUUCACCAUGUUCUCCAGUUUCAUCUUUUCGUCGACCGUCCUGAACUUCCUGGGCUGUCAACUUGCCGAUCUGAAAGACGCACUGUUCCUUUUCCUGCUGCUGGUCGACCUGUCCAAGGCUGGCAUACUGGCCCAGCUGGCGCUGUGCGGUGCCAGCCAGUCGGAGGUGACGAAAAACAUUGCCCACGGCAUGGAGGUGCUCGGGCCGGCCCUCACGCUCGACACGCUGGUCGAAACGCUCGUGAUCGGCGUCGGUACGCUGUCGGGGGUGCAGCGGCUCGAGCUGCUGAGCGGCUUCGCCGUGCUGUCCGCGCUGGUCAACUACAUCGUCUUCAUGACCUUCUACCCGGCCUGCCUGUCGCUGAUACUCGAGCUGACGCACAACGGCGGGGACAACCGGGGCCAGCGCAACGGGCGCGAGAAUCUGAUCCGCGCGCUGGUAAUGCAGGAGGACAGCAAGCCGAACCCGGUGGCCCAGCGCGUCAAGCUGAUCAUGUCCAGCGGGCUGUUCGUGGUGCACGUGCUGAGCCGGUUCCCCACCCCGGACAAGGAGUCGGACGCGGCGGAACAGAUCAUCGCCGCCCAGACCCACGAGCAUCUGGCCGCCCUGAACAAGACCGAUACGGUCGUAAUCUCGGAGCUGAUUAUGCAUUGGCUCUCGUUCAGCCUGGAGCAGAUCUUCACCUACAUUCUGAUCAUCACGCUCAGCCUCAAGUUCAUCCUGUUCGAUCGGUACCAGCUGAUACAGUCGGUCGCGCAUGAGCAGGCGGCGCAGGCUGCCACCCGCAGGGAAAGCACGCACCAGAGCCAGGCGGCGCCAAGCGCUCCCAUCCUCGUAACGUCGCCGCCCGUCACCUUCACCCUGAGCGAGGCGGUCACCGUGUGCGAGGAAAAGGCGACCCAGAGCGAGCUGAGCCUGAUCGGCAAGGGCUGGCACGGGCGCAGGCCGCGCAGGCACACGCUCGUGGAGCAGAGCGGCACGGAUGAGCUGAUCGGUGACGGAGCCGCGGACGACUAUCUGCUCGGCAGCGAGGAAGAGGAGGAGGAGAUCGAGGAGGCCGAACCGCGCCCGCUGGCCGAAUGCGUCCAGGUGCUGGAGGCGGACGGGCACGGCAAGCAUCUGACGGACGCGGAGCUGGAGCUGAUCGUGCGCGAGCGGGCCGCCCUCUGCCCGCUGUACAAGAUCGAAUCGGUGAUCGGGGACGCGGAGCGGGGGGUCCGGUUGCGGCGCAACAUCGUGCUGAAGAAUGCGGGCCUCAGCCCGGGGCUGCUGAAGGAUCUGCCGUUCCAGAACUACGACUACACGAAGGUGAUGAACACGUGCUGCGAGAACGUGAUCGGGUACGUGCCGAUCCCGGUCGGGUAUGCGGGACCGCUGCUGCUCGACGGCAAGCGCUACUUCGUGCCGAUGGCGACGACCGAGGGCGCCCUGGUGGCCAGCACGAACCGGGGCUGCAAGGCGCUGUCCGUGCGCGGCGUCACCAGCUUCUGCGAGGACGUCGGCAUGACGCGCGCCCCGUGCGUCCGCUUCCCGAACGUGCUGCGGGCGGCCCAGGCCAAGCGCUGGAUGGAGGCGGAGGACAACUUCAAGCGCAUCAAGCACGCGUUCGACUCGACCAGCCGGUACGCCCGGCUGCGGGACCUGCACGUCGCCAUCGACGGCCCGGUGCUGUACGUGCGCUUCCGCGCCUCCACCGGGGACGCGAUGGGCAUGAACAUGCUGUCGAAGGGGACGGAGCGGGCGCUGCGCGAGCUGCAGGCCGCCUUCCCCGACAUGGCCGUCGUGUCGCUCAGCGGCAACGUCUGCUCGGACAAGAAGCCGGCCGCGAUCAACUGGAUCAUGGGCCGGGGCAAGCGGGUCGUCUGCGAGACGGUCAUACCGGCGGCCAGCCUCGCCUCGAUACUGAAGACGAACGCCCGCACGCUGGUGCAGUGCAACAAGCUGAAGAACUGGACCGGCUCGGCGGUGGCGGGCAGCAUCGGGGGGAACAAUGCGCACGCGGCCAACAUGGUGACGGCCGUGUUUAUCGCCUGCGGCCAGGACCCGGCCCAGAACGUGACGAGCAGCAACUGCUCGACCAACAUGGAGCUGUGCGGCGAGACGGGCGAGGAUCUGUACAUCACCUGCUCGAUGCCCUCGCUCGAGGUCGGCACGCUCGGCGGCGGCACCGGGCUGCCCGGCCAGAGCGCCUGCCUCAACAUGCUCGGGGUGCGCGGGGCCCACCCGACCCAGCCGGCCGAGAACGCGAAACAGCUCGCCCGCAUCAUCUGUGCCAUCGUGAUGGCCGGCGAGCUGAGCCUGAUGUCGGCCCUGGUCACCAACGAUCUAGUCAAAAGCCAUAUGCGACACAACAGAUCCUCGGUAGCGAUAAACCCAAAUGUGCAGCCACUGGCCAGCAGCGUGAAGGAGGGCGAACCAUCGCGCCCCACAACGUCCUAACGGCUAGCCGCAGCCCAUCACCACCACCACCAGCAGCAGCAGCAGCAGCAGCAGCCAGCAGAAGUGCAAAGAUGAUGACACGCGGAACAGGAGGGUCAAGCGCACCCAUUUAGAAACGGGCACGUGCACGUCAAACGAAUCGGCAGUUCAACCCGGGGAGAGAGAGAGAAAAUGAUAGAACCAUAACCGAAUGGGGCGGGAGAAAAUACACUUUUAGAGGUAUAAUUUAUUUUUAUAAAGCACGACAUACGACGGAAAAGGAAAAACAAAAACUGUGCGGCGGCGACCGUCAAACCGUCCCCGCCACACGACCCAUGUAAAUAGUACCCUUUGGUGGUGGCAAUGAAAGCAGCAAUACGUUGGCAAAGGGGCGCAAGGGCCGACUAAGUUGGCCGCACGAACAAACCGAAUCCGUGCACAUCGCGCUCAGCCUUAGUGGAUGGGGAAGGAUGUGCUUUGCUUGUAUUGUAUAUACCAUUCACUUAUUGUUCGCUUAACUUGUUGCUGUGGCUUAACCCGAAGCACAAACAAACAAACAAACAAACAAAUCGACCAACGAAAAAAAAAAAAUGGAAAAUAGGAUCGUGGCUACUUACACCUGUUGGUUCGAUUACGUUUUAGUUUUAGUUUUAAGAAGCUCGUCGAUAGCUUAGCUCCCCGACCGGGGUGGUACGCAUACACACGGCCGGGGACGACCGAAUAUAAUUCUCCUCACAAUGGCGCGAAAGCAAAUUUACAUUAAGAUUAUUCCGUCACGCCUAGAGCGAUUGACGAAUUAGGGAACGCAAUGUCACGGAAAGGUUAAACGCUUUUCCUUUUCUCCGUCGUACAUUGUUGUGCUCUAAAUAGAAGAUUGAAGAGUGCAAAAUGGGAAGAGAGUAAAUCAAGGAUACAACGAAACGAGAACAGGAUUGAGCAGCUGCUAGAGAUGGAGAGUAAAGAGGUUCGUGCGGAGCAAAGUAGGAUUUGAGCAAAGCGACUAGGGAUAUAUAUUGAAUUCGUUCGUUCUCUAGUUGACUCGGUAAACAGCUAAGCCACCGCGUCUAGCAGGCAAAGCUGCCAUGGUCCAUUCGCUUGUACAUUCCUUUGCAGGAUUGAGGAAAGCGACUAGGGAUAUAGAGUGAAUUCGUUCGUUCUCUAGUUGACUGGAUAAACAGCUAAGCCACCGCGUCUAGCAGGCAAAGCUGCCAUGGUCCAUUCGCUUGUACAUUCCUUUGCAGGAUUGAGGAAAGCGACUAGGGAUAUAUAUUGAAUUCGUUCGUUCUCUAGUUGACUGGGUAAAAGGCUAAGCCAUUGCGUCAAGCAGGCAAAGCUGCCAUGGUCCAUUCGCUUGUACAUUCCUUUGCAGGAUUGAGGAAAGCGACUAGGGAUAAAGGGUGAAGUCGUUCUUCGUUCUCUAGCAAAGCCAUCGCAUAAAGCAGGCAAAGCUGCCAUGGUUCAUUCGUUUUCCAACACUCGUUCCUUGCACGUAGAGCGGGACCGGUUUAAAAGCGAAACAGCCGCAAUGAUCGCAUCGUAGGCGAAACGUAAAGCAAAGACCGGCUAAUCUGUAUCUUAACAGAUAUUUGGCCCUGCAAUCGUCUAUCACAUAUUCAGUGACCGCCCACUGGCCCGAUGAACGGCGAAA